UACAGUAAAUUAGCAGGUUAUACUGGAUUUGUCUGGAUUGUUUUUACUUAUUGAAGUAACUCUGAUAUUUCAAUAACAGAAUAGUCCUACAUGGAAAAGUAUUUAAAUGGAACAGACUCAAACUUACUAGCAUAGAGUAAAACAUUAGAUGGUGCAUUCCGUUUCUGAAGAAAGAAAGAAAGCUGCAUUUAUGAAACCAAUAGUGAAACAAUAGUGAAAUUAUAUUCCAGGAUAUUUUUUUGUGGACUUCAUUAUAGGCAGUUCUGAUUAUUGUUACUGGGUUAGAAGUAGGCCUAGAAUACAUAAUUUCAGAGCUAUUGUCGCAGUUAUGUUCAUGGGCUAAAUGAGAAGAAAAAAUAAAUAACAGAACCGAAGUGUAGCUCUACAAGCUGCAGUGCUCCGACUAACAGCAUCGCAAAUUAACAAACGAGGCUGAUAAUGACGUCAAUGUUGUGCCCGAACGCGCGCUGGUUGGUGCACUCGCGAAUGUUUCUGACCGCCGCUCUGUGUUGGAGCGGGGAGAGCGAGUUUUCUACUGCAGCAUCACUCACUUCAAAUAGCGCACCCAAACUGUGAGGAUACCACCUCAUCCGAAGCGAACCCAUUGGAGUUACAAUCACCUGCGAGGCUGCGACUGCGCUUUCUCUGAAGCAGACAACGACCGAACGAAAUAAUUUAUUUUAUUUAUCUUUUCUCUCAGCUACGAAAGGGAAUGCCAUCAAUAAAUAUGAAACUGGAGAUGGUGACCAUCAUCGCCUGCGAGGUAGACACAGAGGUGUUUACGUCCGACAAGCUGCAGGAGAGGUUCGAGGCCCUGUUCAGGAUCUAUGACGAGCAGACGUCCUUCCAGAUGUUCAAGAGCUUCAGGCGAGUCCGCAUCAGUUUCAGCACUCCGGAGGCGGCCGCCCGCGCUCGCAUCGAGCUCCAUGAGACUGAGUUCAACGGCAAGCAGCUCAAGCUCUACUUUGCCCAGAUUCAGAAUUCUGGGGAGGAUAUAGACAAGUCGUACCUGGCUCCUCCUGCGCCCGUCAAACAGUUCCUCAUCUCUCCCCCUGCCUCGCCACCCGUGGGCUGGAGCCAGAGCGAAGACGCAACGCCUGUUAUCAACUAUGACCUGCUGUGCGCGGUGGCCAAGCUGGGCCCAGGGGAGAAGUAUGAACUGCAUGCGGGCACUGAGUCAACCCCCAGCGUUGUGGUGCAUGUGUGCGACAGCGAUGCAGAGGAUGACAACGACGAAGCGCGGCCCAAGCAGAAACAGCAGAUCGUCCAAACCCGGCGCCCCGACGGCCCGUCGCAAGUCCUGAACUAGGACGCCCGUUACGGACCCCACUCCUACGACCCCAACACACACACGCACCAAGCCCUGUCUUCUCUGUCUCAGGAGUCGCACAGCAAGACAACGCCCCUCAUUUCAGUUCAACCCAAAACACACAAACAGCAGACAGUUGGUGGUGUUUGUGGAGGGAGCAUGGCUAUUGGAUGGGAUGAGGCGGCCUGGCCUGUAUGGAUGAUGGAGGAUGGAUGAGAUUUACACACACUCAUCACACUCAAAGGAAAGGGAGGGAGGGGUGAGGGUGCCUAACUCUUGACCCCUGACCUAGGAUCAGCCAGGGGCAGUAAUGUAACAACUUGUCCUCCUAAAGCAGGCCCCCUGUCAUAGAUUAUACACUCAGCUCUCAUCUGUUGUAGUUAUUCUGUAGUAGUACUUAUUUCCUUCCUGCUUACUGUGACUGGUUAGUUGUGUCACGCAGUGGUCUUUCGGGGACAUGCUAUACCUCUAAUGAGGUUUUGAGUUUUUCACACUUUUUUUUUAUAUACAUUUGUUCUUCUGAUUGUUUGUCUGUUCUUCUUCUGCUAAUUAUGAUAUCAGCUGAUUGGUUGUUUCUGCUAACACAGAAUGAGGAUUGGUUGUCUGGUAUUCCUCUUCUUGUCUUCAUGUAUAUAUAAGAACAUACUCCUACAGAGACUCAAACACUAAACUGUUAUUUUAAGCAAAGGAACCUAUGAAGGUCACACUAAUUAGCAACAAGUGGCCAUGUGGUAACAUCAAAGUUGUGGUGGUGUUUGCAUUUUAUUUCAUUUUUGGGGAGGGGUCUGCUUAUGUCCUUUUAAUCAGAGAGGUGUCUAUUGAAGUGUUGCUGAAGUAGGUGUGCAUUCUUCUUAACAUGUAUUUGAUACCACAAAUAAUUGUUUUUUUGCAUGCUUACUAACAUAGUCGGGAGCUGAGGCAUUUUAUACUGGUCAAGAUGACAGGGAAAUGGAAUGAAGCUUUUGACGACACGCAUAUCUCUAGUUUUAUAGUGUCAGGUGAGAGGGGAGAGGCUGGCUGGCUGGGUGAGUAAAAAGACAGAGUGAAUGAGACCUUUACAGUGUGAGUAAAAGCCUAAGAGUUGGGCUUUAGGAUACAAGUAAAGGCUAAGAGUUGGGCUUUAGGAUACAAGUAAAGCCUAAGAGUUGGGCUUUAGGAUACAAGUAAAGCCUACGAGUUGGGCUUUAGUGUAGAAGUAAAAGCUACAAGUUGGGCUUUAGGAUAGAAGUAAAGCCUAAGAGCUGGGCUUUAGAGUAGAAGUAAAGCCUAAGAGUUGGGCUUUAGGAUACAAGUAAAGCCUACGAGUUGGGCUUUAGUGUAGAAGUAAAAGCUACAAGUUGGGCUUUAGGAUAGAAGUAAAGCCUAAGAGUUGGGCUUUAGAGUAGAAGUAAAGCCUAAGAGUUGGGCUUUAGAGUAGAAGUAAAAGCUAAGAGUUGAGCUUUAGAGUUGAAGUAAAGGCUAAGAGAUGGGCUUUAGAGUUGAAGUAAAAGCUAAGAGUUGAGCUUUAGAGUUGAAGUAAAGGCUAAGAGUUGGGCUUUAGAGUAGAAGUAAAAACUAAGAGUUGAGCUUUAGAGUUGAAGUAAAGGCUAAGAGUUGGGCUUUAGAGUAGAAGUAAAAGCUACGAGUUGGGCUCUAGAGUAGAAGCAAAAACUAAGAGUUGAGCUUUAGAGUAGAAGUAAAGGCUAAGACUAAUCUCCGACAGGAGUGUUGACAUUUUCAGAGGGCCUUUAUUUUUAUUCCAUCUUUCCGGUAAUGUUUUGGGGUCUUUUUAUGAUAUCAACACAGCUUUCUUCUUCUCAGACCUAUAUGGCUUGUUUUACACUGAAAAUCUCUCAAUCUCUCAAUCUCUGGAGCUAUACUAAAGGAAUGUCCUGAUUUUCCUCUGUCAGCUCUUAAAAUGUAAGACUGCUUCCUAGUUCUUGCUGUAAAUAGCUCAAUAGUCAUUAGGUGGAAAUAGUCCAUUAGGUUUUAAUGAUUGACAUUAAGCGUUGGUGAGUAAUUGAAAAAGUUUCAUUUGCCACCCAGCCUCUGGAGAUAUCAACCAAAGCCUUCAUCUCACCUUGCAGUCACAGCACAAACCUUUGGAAACUCAAGAAACUCAAGAGAAAGUUUUUUUUUUUUAAGUUAUUAAAAAUGAGUUUUAUUGUCACAUGAAAUGUGUUUUACAGGGUCAGCCAUAGUAGUACAGCGCCCCUAGAGCAAAUUACUCUAAUUUGGAAUACUGCUGCAUUAACAGUUGUUACUUUGCUCACAGCAAGUUCUUUCCAACUCUCAAAUCAAAUUAAUAAUUAAUUAAUUUACUGUGCUUUUAGUCAUUCAUUUGAAUCCUAUCCUAAAUAUCUCAGGAGUAAAUUUAAGAGUAACUUUUACCAGAAUGAUAGAUGUUUCUCCUGACCAUGCACUUUGAAUAACAACAAGCAUGUCAACUAUAAUGUAAUGUGUCUGUUAUUGGUCUGUCUGCAUGCGAGCACUUUAUUGUCAGUCUUUUUUCUUCUCACUGUAAAGGCAGUCUUUUUUCUUCUCACUGUAAAGGCAGUCUCUUUUUUUCUCACUGUAAAGGCAGUCUUUUUUUCUUCUCACUGUAAAGGCAGUCUUUUUUCUUCUCACUGUAAAGGAAGUCUUUUUUCUUCUCACUGUAAAGGCAGUCUUUUUUCUUCUCACUGUAAAGGCAGUCUUUUUUCUUCUCACUGUAAAGGCAGUCUUUUUUUCUUCUCGCUGUAGAGGCAGUCUUUUUUCCUUCUCACUGUAAAGGCAGUCUUUUUUCUUCUCACUGUAAAGGCAGUCUUUUUUCUUCUCACUGUAAAGGCGGGUCUUUUUUCUUCUCACUGUAGAGGCAGUCUCUUUUUUUCUCACUGUAAAGGCAGUCUUUUUUUCUUCUCACUGUAAAGGCAGUCUUUUUUCUUCUCGCUGUAACGGCAGUCUUUUUUCUUCUCGCUGUAAAGGCAGUCUUUUUUUCUUCUCACUGUAAAGGCAGUCUUUUUUCUUCUCACUGUAAAGGCAGUCUUUUUUUCUUCUCACUGUAGAGGCAGUCUUUUUUCUUCUCAUUGUAGAGGCAGUCUUGCUAGAGAUAAUGUUCUGUAUUUCUUUUGUUAUUUUUUUAAUCUUCUGUUUUUCAAGAUGAACACCUGGGUAGCCUUCUCACUAGCAGAGCAGCGUGAGUUUAACACUCAACAUCUCUUGCUACUGGGGUUUUGAAGGCUCGGAGGCCUUUGGAUAUAUGUGCAGGAGUGUACUACUGAAUAGGUGUGGUAGGAAGAACAGGAAAAUGUGUCUUUUGAGAUGAUGGUUGGUUGCAACCACAGAACAAAUGUGUGUUUUUGUUAGUGUUUGUCCCUGGAACAUAAUUUAAAGUGCAAGCUUUGUCCUUUCAGAGGUGACUUCUAAAAACCAAGCAGCCAGCGAGUGUUGAAACACAAUGCAAUGGCACAGAAUCUUUCUAGUUGUGCUGACUGAUGAUAAUAUUGCUGAUUGAUGACUAAGAUAAUGAUUAUGUUGACGAGGCUGAUCUGAUGUUUUCUACUGACUGCUGUCUCUGAAACUGGGAGCAUUUUGGGUCACAGGCGAAAUGAGAAACAUUUAUAGUGAUUUUGUUGCCGACACCAGUUCCAGUAUGCAGCUAAAAAAAAUGUUGGCUUCUAAUUUUAUGUUGAUGUAAAGAUAAAAAAAUAAAUAAAAAGUUCUGAAAUGCUCGAUCAAAUCAAUUCUUAUUGUGUCGUGUUAAAAAUGGACUCAAUCUUGUUUUUUUUGGAACGCCUACAAAACAAAACGGUCAAUACUGUCCGUUACUGUUGUAUACUGUUCUGUUGAAAUCUGAAUAUUAUGUCUAGUACUGUAGUUAUCCAGAACACGAAGUAGCAAUCAAGCAAUAAUUUAUAGUUAUAUACAGGUAUCUGUAUUUUAUGUUGUGUACUAAUUUCCAGAGUUUGUUGUCUCUGACUGUUACAACAGUACUUGCUUAUAUUUGUGUGGUAUGAUGGUCAUUCGUUUCACGUGAGAAAUACAUAAAGAACUAUUCUUAAAGA